GACGUCCAGCACUCCCGAGCUGCCAGCAGGCGCCGGUGGUCGCGGAGAUGGUCACCCUCGGGGAAAGCUGCCGUGGCGGCGGCGGCGAAGGUUCCACGCCGCCGUCAUGGUGGCGGUUCUCGGUGUUACUACUUUGUGUGUCCUCGCUGCCGGUGGUCGGGGCGCUGGUGGAAGGUUUGUACUGCGGCACGGAGGUCUGCUAUGAUGUACUCGGGGUCACACGCGAGGCCUCCAAGGCGGAGAUAGCCCGGGCGUACCGGCAGCUGGCCCGCCGGUACCACCCGGACAGGCUGAGGCCUGGACACCCGGGCUUGGAGGGAGAGACUCGGGAUUCCGCCAAUGAGAAGUUCCUCCUCGUUGCAACAGCAUAUGAGACGUUAAAGGACGAGGACACCCGGAGAGACUACGACUACAUGCUGGACCACCCUGAGGAGUACUAUCAGCACUACUACGCCUACUACCGCCGACAGCUCACCCCCAAAGUUGAUGUCAGAAUUGUCAUCCUGGUCACCAUCUGUGCCAUUUCUAUAUUUCAGUAUUACAGUUGGCACACGAGCUACAACGAGGCCAUCAACUACCUGGUGACGGUGCCCAAGUACCGUAUCCAGGCAACCGCUAUCGCCAAGGAACAGGGCCUCCUCAACCGCAGCAAGGAGAAGGGCAAGAACCGGCGCACCAAAGAGGAGAUCCGGGAGCAGGAGGAGGAGGUGAUCCGGGAUAUCAUCAAAACCAAGAUCGACAUUAAAGGAGGCUACCAGAAGCCCAACCUGUCAGACAUUUUGUUGUGUCAGAUAGUUCUUUUCCCUUACUACCUGACCAACUACGUGAUCUGGUAUGUUUCCUGGAUUUACCGCUUCAACAUCUGCAGGGAGGAAUACGGCGAGGAGGAGAAGCUUUACAUUAUUAGGAGUUGGAUGAAUAUGUCUCAGUCUCAGUUUGACAGUCUGGUUGAGAGCAGCAAGCAGUCCUUCUUGGAAAAGCAGCUGUGGAUCAAAGAAAACUAUGAGCUGCACAAAGCAAAGCAGGAGGAGCAGAUGAAGGUGAAGAUGGCCACCGACCCGAGGAUGAAGAGGUACAGACGCUGGAUGAAGAACGAAGGACCGGGUCGGCUCACCUUCGUCGACGACUGACACAAAUUUAUAUUCCAAGAGAUAUUUUCAUAACGACAAUUCUUCAUACAAGACAUGUGGAAUCAAAUGUUUACAAUGCAGUGACAUGUAUUUACUGCUCUUUAAUUCUUAUCUGCUCCACAAUUGUUUUUUUUUGCAUUCAGUGUAAAGAACGAGGUGAAAAUUCUCACAAGUGCCCUCAAAAAUGUUCAACUCAUUUAAAGGGCGAUUAUGUGGCAAUCAUCGCAUUUUUAUUAAGUGAGUAAAAAUUAUUAAAGGGGAAUUUCACUUUUUGGGAAAUUUUACCUAUUGUUCACAAUCAUUAUGAUGACGGGUGUAUUUUUUUUUUGUGCUUUCUAAAUAUUAAAUAAAUGCAUUUAAAAGUUUGCUUACAAUGGAGCCGCUCUAUUCUGCCCUUAAAAACUUCCAAACGCCUCCAUUAGGUUUUAAUAUACAUGUUAGUAUAUUCAGUCGUGCUCAUAACCCUGAGAGAAUUCAGGAUUUCUUGGCCAUUCUUCAGAGAAUAUGAAUAACACAAAAACCUUUCUUCCACUCAUGCUUAAUGGUUGUGUGAAGCUAUUGGCAAACAACUGUGUUUACCCUUUUUAAAUCAAAAUGAUAAAAGAAAGUACCCAAAUGACCCUAAUCAAAAGUUUACAUACCCCAGUGACUUUGAUCUGAUAACAUCCUCAAAAGUGGACACAAACAAGUUUGAAUGGCUAAUCAAGGUUCUAAUCCUCACCUGUGACCGGUUUGUUUGUAAUUAGUGUGUGUGUAUAAAAGUCAGUGAGUUUCUGGGCUUCUGACAGACCAUUGCAUCUUUCAUCCCAGUGCUGCACGGAUGUUUCUGGAUUCUGAGUCAUGGGGAAGGCAAAAUAAUUUAAGGAUCUGCGAGAAAAGGUAAAUGAACUGCAUGAAACAGGAAAGAGGUACAAAAAGAUAAGUGAACUGCAUAACACAGGAAAGGGGCAUUCCAAGGAAUUGAGAAUGCCAAUCAGCAGUCUUCAAACGCAGAUUAAGAAGUGGAAAAUGAGGGAUUCAGGUAGACCGGCAAAGAUUUCAGCCGCAACUGCCAGGAAAAUUGUUGGGGAUGCAAAGAAAAAUCCACAAAUAACUUCAGCUGAAAUACUGGACUCGCUGAAAAAUUGUGUUGUGGCUGUUUCAAGAUGCACAAAAAGGAGGCACUUGGAAGAAAAAUGGGCUGCAUGGUCGAGUGGCCAAAAAGUUCAAUUUUGGUCUCAUCACUCCAAAUGACUUUGUUCCAGAAGUUUUGAAGAUUGUCUCUGUGCUGUCCGGCGUAAGCAGGAUACUUUGUGACAUUUACGCAGAAAUGGCUUUCUUCUGGCGACCCGACCAUGCAGCCGAUGAUUUGAUAACUCAACAUUUUGUGUUAUCGUUCAUAUUCUGUGAAGAAUGGCCAAGAAAUCAUAAAUUCUCCCAGGGUAUGUAAACUUAUGAGCACGACUUUAUGUUAUGUAGUAGCAGGCACAUUUAUAAUAACAUGUAAUAUUUACCUAUUUUUAAUACGUGGCGCAUUAAUUAAAAAAUGCAUCACAACGUUGGCUUUUUUCCCCCUUUUUUGUCACCGAUUAUUACUCACUGCAUAUUUUAUGAGAGGCAACAAGCAUAAUUAAACAUCACUUACUGCGCAAGGUCUGCUGUCAUUAGGAUGCCGACUGCUAAGAUGCUCAUAUAUUCCUAUUUAGGUGAAGAAUGACUCAUUAUCCUUGUGAAGACACGACGGGUGGAACCAAGCGUCUUUUCGUGUUGUGGGUCUAAAUUGGCUGUCAAAGUGUACAAACCUUUCGGAAUAUGUCCUCGUCCUUCUCUAUCCGGGUGAGAUGCCUGAUUUGUGGUCUAGAAUGGACUUCCAGGGAGCAAGGACAGAACUGGAUGACACAGUUGGGACCUCUGCGCCGCUUUAAAUAGUUGGUCUGGGUUAGCGCUUUUAAUAACAAUAUUACUAAUACUUGGUUAAUAUUCAAGUCCCAAAAUGUAAGUGGCGCUUUUUGAACGGGUAUUUAUUGGGGUUUAGGGCGGACUAGAGGACCUCUCAUUGGCUCUGCUGUCAGCGGAUGUUUAUUUCUGUUUAUUUACAAGUUAGAAUGUGUAAAAAAGAAAUAUGACUAACUAAUAGGCAACGUUGUUAAAAAGUGUAAUUUCCCUUUAAAAGCAAAAUGUGUAUGUUAACUUUUUUCUGCCACGUCAAUCUCUUUACGUCACAAAGACGGAGCCGCCUGGAAGAGCUUUUAGUCGGAGGCGGGGCCUAACAUGAUCCUUCCUAUUUUGUCUUUUUAUUCUCUGGCAGACCGAUUAAUGUUUAUCAGUGAUGGCCAAUGUGAGCAGGGUUGAACUAUUUGUAUUUUAGCUACUGUAAAACAUGGUUGUCCAAAAUCCGCCAACGGGACUAUUACAUAUAUAUAUAUUUUUUUUAAUCUGGCCCCAAAGAUAAAAUGAUUAAACAUGGCCUGCAUCAGAGUACAAAGCUAAAAUCAGCUUUUUUUGUUUUUUUACUCUUUAGCUUGUCUUGAACUACUUUGGAUUGAAUUAAGUAUCAACAAACUUCUAUCUUUCCCUUCAAUCACAAACUUUGGACAUCCCCGAUCCUGGAAGUUGCUAGUGUGACUCCUGGAUUAAAGUGUAUCAUUUUUGUCUACUUGCCAAGUAUUCAUUUUUCAAUGCCAAUUCAUUGGAAUUGUUGAUUUGCUUUUGAAUAAAUGAAUGUACCCAAUUUUAAAACCAACAA